AGAUUCACAGCUGAGGAGUUGAAUGUUUACAUUUUUAUAGCAGUUUUUGAGGUUAAGUUAAUAAGUUUUGGUUUCCUGAAUUUUAAAUUUUUCUUUAUGUAUGUGAUUUGUUGUAGUAUUUAACGUUAAAAAUUGCCUUAAAUAUAUAUGUUUCUGCACAUGCGAUACCGAACUUAAAUAUUGGAGAAACAUUCGAGCAGAGCAGAAUUUUCUUCAUGCCUUUGAAAAUUGACUUGAACAGCGAGUUUAUACUCACAACACAGCAAAAAUGUUCACACGAGUGUCUUACAAAUUACUGUUUAAUUCUGCAUUUUUCAUCUGCGUGAUCUCAAUCAUCCUGCAAAUAAUCCCGGUUAGGGCUCAUGAAGAAGACGGGAAUAUUGGUGCUGAAACGCAUUCACACUCAAUCUAUUCAGAAAAAUCCAAUAGAAUACUUUCUGAGAUUGAUAAAGCUAUGAAAAACCACCUUUUUCAUGGAUGUUCUAAUUGCAGUUGUUAUCACUCAGUGAUCAGUGAAGAUUUGAAACCAUUCAAGAAUGGAGUCACUAAAGAACUAAUAGAUGAAGCCAAUUCGAAAGGAACGAGAUAUGUGAUAACUGAUGGCAACCUAUAUCGGGAGAAACCAUGCCUAUUCCCAGCCAGAUGCCAAGGAGUUGAGCAUUUUUUACUGCAGCUUGUAGCAGAACUACCCGAUUCUGAAUUCAUCGUCAACACCCGUGACUGGCCUCAAUCUGCAGUUUAUCAACACACCCGACCUCUGCCCAUUUUUUCGUUCAGCAAAACCGGUGAUUUCUAUGACAUCAUGUACCCAGCGUGGGGCUUCUGGGAGGGCGGUCCAGCAAUCAAAUUAUUCCCCAGAGGACUUGGCAGGUGGGAUCUUAUGAGAAAAUCACUAAAAGCAGCUGCUAAUAAGACGCCCUGGGAGAAAAAAUCGUCUACUGCGUUCUUUAGAGGAUCGCGGACUAGUGGGGAGCGUGAUGAGAUUGUGCUUCUCUCAAGGGAAGCUCCACAAUUGGUCGAUGCAGCUUACACUAAGAAUCAAGCAUGGAAAUCAGAAGCUGACACUUUGGGAAGGCCUCCAGCUGAAGAAGUAUCUCUGGAGGACCAUUGCAAGUACAAGUAUUUAUUCAAUUUUCGUGGAGUAGCAGCGAGCUUCAGAUUCAAGCAUCUGUUUCUCUGUAAUUCUCUUGUGUUCCACGUUGGUGAGGAGUGGCUCGAAUUUUUCUAUUCAAAUCUUAAACCUUGGGUUCACUACAUUCCUGUUAAAAAAGAUGCCAAUAGGAAAGAAAUUGCUGACUUACUCUUGUUCUUCAAAGAACAUGACAGUUUAGCCAGAGAGAUUGCUGAAAGAGGUAAAUCUUUUAUCGAUAAACAUUUGAGGCUGAAAGACGUGAAGUGCUACUGGAGAAAAUUGCUACAAGACUAUUCUUCUUUACUGAAGUUCAAACCUCAGUUGAAAUCAGAUAUGAUGAAGCUAUCGUGAUUGUGAAUUUUAUGGAUUGUUUCAUCUACAUCUUCAACAUUUAGGGCCGUUUGCACCGUGACAGUUCAAACUAAAUCUCAUUUUAAACUGGAUUAAAUCCGUAUCAAGUCUCGUUUGUUAUAAUGUGAUUCAUUUUUAGUUUCAGCCACCAGCUGAUUAAAUUCAGUUCAAGCUUUGACUGUGCAAACGGCUCUUAGUGACAUUGCUCAAAGUAACAAGACAUUGAACAAAGUAACAAGAUGGACUUCGGUAAGAUUAGUAAGUCCUUCACGGAUGGUUUUAGACUUGAAUCAUUAAACAUAUUUCAUAUGCAAUGUUAAUAUAUGAUUCCUAUAAUUCAGGUUCAACUAGAUUUUAUGUAAAUGUUAUCUAUAUUUUUAUAAUUUUUCUGUACUCAUAUCAUAUCUCUAUUAUUUAUCAAAUUAAUGAUUUGAAUAAGUAAUAAAACAAAUACUGUGUCAUACAUGACAUCAAAACCUAUUCAAUUUUUGAAAUAUU